AUGGCCGAGUGGCGCUUGAGGGCCCCCGGAGCCCCUCAACUCGUGUCCCGUCAAGGCCGUUCUUGGAAGGCAUCGAGGGCUAGGUAUCUGGUACAAGAGAGUGUUCGGUACUGGACGCCAGAAACCUCCGCCAGAACUCGGUUGCGCUUGAGAAUACGCAAUCCUCUGGUUUCACCUCAUAAAUCUCGCCGCUCAACCUCUACUUGUCGUGGGCUGUACGACUCGCUGCGCCGCUCACUAAUCCCACCCAUCGUAUUCGGUUCGAUUGUUCUCGUUAUUUCCUUAAGGUACCUUAUUCAGCAGCGCUGCGAGAACCCUCAGUUGACUGCAGUGUCUGAAGGCAUUCCGGGAUCAUAUUCUGCCCCUCUUUGCAGCUCAUCAACACCCCUCAUUACCCCUCAUCACUCCAUGACCUUCCCCAUCAGUGAGGCAAAGGCAGCUGGCAUCGUCAGCCUCACUGACAACGCAACUCUUGCGCAACGGAACAGUGAGGCACAGCCAAGAAUCGUGACGCAUCAUCACCCGUUCGCCAAGCACCCGUUCGCCGCUCCAUUGUGCUUCGGAUCCUCAACCCCUCUUGUUGCGCCCGACGACGCCUCCCGCACCCAGUCCGAGUGCCGUUCCCCCGGAUACCCCAUUGUCAGUGCUCACUCGCUGUUUCUCACAAGGUCUUAUCGUCCCAUCCCGACUUCGCUCCCGCCGGGCCCGACCAUGCAUAGGCGAUCGAUGGCUACUGCGACCCAGCUCCGUUCUGUCGGCUCGCACGGCGCCCGCUCUUUGGCGCUCGACCUUUGCCCCGCGAAUCCUCAACCUCCGCUUCAGGUUUGCCCCGCAAGCUGGUAG